CUCCUCGUUGGUGACAAAAAAACUAAAAUUCUUGCGCACAAGCUAAUUUUGACUACUUGCAGUCCAGUGUUUGCAGCUGAGUUCUCAUAUCAACUGAAAAUAAAAGGAGGAAAUGAAAUAACUCUUCCUGAUAUGGAUCCAGAAGUUUGUGAAAAAUUGUUGGAAUAUAUUUAUACUGAGAAUGUAACUGGUCUUGAUGAAAUUGCUGAGCGUUUAUAUGAACAAGCCGUUAAGCAUCAGCUUACAGCUCUUAAGAAACUUUGUGAAGAUUCUUUUUGUAGAGGCGUGACAGUUGAAAAUGCUGUUAAAUAUCUUGUUCUGCUGGACCGCCAUCACGCUGAUAAGAAAUUUUUCGACAAUGUUCUAAGAUUCAUCGCCCUUAAUUCCAAAACAGUUAUUAAAACUCCCGAAUUUAAAGAAUUAGAAAAAAUAAAUCCAGGGUUGUUAACAACUAUAGUAACAAUGAUCGCCAGUGUCAAGUGA